CGCCGCCGCUCCCCGCCGAGCGGGGCUGCAGCCGGCUGGGAAGACCUCUUCCGAGGCUGGCUGUCUUUGGGGAGGGCGGGGGGGAAACGUGGCGCCUGCCGGGGCUGGCGAGUCUCGGUUCCCGGCCUGCCUGGUCCUGCGGUGUGCGGGGAGAAGCCUGGAGAGAGCCUGGAGCAGCUGCGAUCCCGGGCGUGGCGGCCUGGGAAAGGGAUCUUCUCACGAGAUAAGGAAAACUUUCAGCCAGGAAUAUGCUUUUAAGGCCAUAAACCAAGGUGGACUUACGUCUGUAGCUGUUCGUGGGAAAGAUUCUGCAGUAAUUGUAACACAGAAGAAAGUACCUGACAAGUUACUGGAUUCCAACACAGUGACUCAUUUAUUCAGAAUUACUGAAAAUAUUGGCUGUGUGAUGACAGGAAUGACAGCUGACAGCAGAUCCCAGGUGCAGAGAGCCCGCUAUGAGGCUGCUAACUGGAAGUACAAGUAUGGCUAUGACAUCCCUGUGGAUAUGCUGUGUAAAAGGAUUGCAGAUAUUUCUCAGGUCUAUACACAGAAUGCUGAAAUGAGGCCUCUUGGUUGCUGUAUGAUUUUGAUUGGUAUUGAUGAAGAACACGGCCCUCAGGUAUACAAGUGUGAUCCGGCAGGUUACUAUUGUGGAUUCAAGGCCACAGCUGCAGGAGUUAAACAGACGGAGUCAACCAGUUUUCUUGAAAAGAAAGUAAAGAAGAAAUUUGAUUGGACAUACGAACAAACAGUAGAGACAGCAAUAACAUGCCUGUCUACUGUACUAUCCAUUGAUUUCAAACCUUCAGAAAUAGAAGUUGGUGUAGUUACAGUGGAAAAUCCUAAAUUCAGGAUCCUUACAGAAGCAGAGAUUGAUGUGCACCUUGUAGCUCUGGCAGAGAGAGACUAAUUAGCAUUCCCAUUUCCAUUGUCUGUGCUUCUGGCCAGGAUAUUUGGUGAAAAGAAAACACUUAUUAAUGGCUUUAGAUUAUGGGUGGAAAACAAUGUUCACUAUAUGAUGUAUUUUACUCUGUACAAAUAAAACAGAGGUUUUUGAAAUA